AUGAGAUGCACCAAACUUACUCCACACCAGGAGGAGAAGCUUCGAGAACUAGAUGGACCCGAGGACUUUCAUCUCUCAGCAGUAGCUGGGUCAGGGAAAACGUUUGUGGCUGUUCGGAAGGUUCUGCAGACGUUGAAUUCGAACGACGGUCAGGUUCUAUUUGUGGCUCCUUCAAAGUCUUUGUGUUUCCAUUUCCUGCGAUGGCUUGUGCACAUGCACGUUGCUUGCUUUGGCAGAAGAGUAGAGACGCUUGGGCAAGAAGAAGUUCUCAAGAUUUUCUCUCGCCUUAGGUUGAUGCAUGCACCCUACAACAGUAUCCUGACUGCUAGCAUCAACGGCGGUCGAAUGCAGCUCGCAAAAGAUGAAAGCUCCACUAUCGAGUUUGUUCUUUCAAUCGUUGAUGAAGCUCACCACAUUUUUCGUCCUGAUGUUGAGCAACGUUUUCUCAGAGAGAGCUUGCGCCGCUCAAAGCAAAGGAUUCUGAUAUCGGACGCAUCCCAGUCAUCAGCUUUGGAACAAAACUUCCCUCCAGAGUUCCAUUUUCGUUCAGCACAUCUCAGCCAGAUCGUUCGCAGCACUGAACGAAUCAUCCUCGGGGCAAAACCGUUUCAGGUGAAUUCUCAACAGCCAAAUGAUGUGACCUCAUUGGCUUCUAAUGGCCCGCCAUUGAAGACAUAUAUCUUUGAUCGGAAAAGUUCAGCUUCGCUGUUUCAAGAUUAUUGUGGCCUUGUCCAAGACUAUUGUCACUAUACAAGUUCUGCCCUUUCGCAUGUCAUUUCCUCAUAUCCAGACCUCAAGCUUCACCAUAACGUGGCCAUUCUCGUUCCAGAUCUUGGUUUUCUCCAAGUAUUCAAGCCUUUCUUGGAAAAGAUGCUCCAAGAUGAAAUUACAUGUAAAGAACUGCGCCUUAUUGACUUUGAGGAGUCGUUGUCUUAUGUGGUGUCAUUGGAUACGGUGGAGAACUCCGAGCAUGAAUGCAUCAUAUUGGAUUCCAUUGACAACGCAAUGGGGCUCGAGGAACUCAUUGUGAUAACCGUUGCGAUGGAUGCGAGGAUCAUUCCUGAAGGCAGUGCUGCUGAUCUCGGAACACGAGCUCGGCUGUAUCAAUGUAUCACACGUGCUCAGCUCAUGGCAAUCGUCGUGAAUGAACUCUUGCCCGGAGGAUGGCUUGAGCAUUUAACCCUUUGCAAACUGAUGCGGGGUGAGUUCGAUGAAGUUGCAGGAAGUAUCGAAUCUUCCGCUGGUGCAGCCACCAAGGUUGUAAAAGAAAUUCAGGAAAUUCAGCCUGUUGGAAACUCUGGUAAGAAGCCAGCUGAAUACGCGCAAAGUACAGCAGCAAACAUUGAGAAUAAUGAUGCUUUAUUGAAAGAUCCUGCGCGAUCUUCAGCUGAACCUUCAGUUGCAGCUUCUACAGAGAUCGCAGGAGGAACGAAUCAGAAGGUGAUGCAUAUGCGCGAAAGUGUUGUUUGGGACACGUCGCACAACAACAUUCAGACUCCCAUCUACAAGCUAAGGUUUGAUCCUUCGAAGAAGUCUCCAGCAGAGGCCUUUGAGAUCCUCAAAUUAAUGCUGCCCGCCCAAAUUCUCCCAAGCAACUGCCCAUACCCCAAUGACUGCCUUUUUUGGAGAACGUUCGAGUACUCGUGGGGGGGCCACCCCGCAUCCACUACAGGUUCUGAGAACUCGUUUCUAUUUUUUCGAGAUGGCACAGUCCUUCAGAAAUCAAGACGGCUGGAUUUGGAUCACUCGUCGGAGUACAGAAUGGUAGGUUUUGACACGUGCUCUGGUCCUGACUAUGAGUAUUACCGUAUGUGGUCUUGCUCUGCUGCAGAGGGACAUUUUGAUUUGUAUGCCUUGACCUUAAGUGGGACAUUUACUCAUGAAGCGACAGCAAGAGAGUUUGAAGACUCAAAGGAUGACAUACCUUGGGCCAAGUCCAGUGGAAAGCCGGAGUUUAGCUACACUUCAAAGGAGUUUCGCCAAGGAGUUGAGCAGAGAGAGCGGCAGUGGAAGGACUGGGAACAGGGUCAUCGUUGCUGUUUGAACAGGAUGAUGGCCACCCUGUCGGAAGCGCAAUUGAAACGAUUUGGCAUGGACUCGCAGCACUUGUGGUUUUGGCAGUCCGACCUCUGA